AUGAAGGUUCUCUUUCUUUUCGCCAUUCUCUUCUGUUUGGUCCAAAUGAACUCAGGAGAUAUUCCACCUGGAAUUAGAAAUAUUAUCUGCCUUAUGCAACAUGGAACCUGCAGACUUUUCUUCUGCCGUUCUGGUGAGAAAAAGGGCGAAAUCUGCUCCGAUCCCUGGAAUAGGUGCUGUGUACCCAAUGCAACGGGAGAAAAGAAUGAUAAACCAGAGACAAACAGUGAAUCUGGAACCUAA